AUGACACUGUUGCACUCGCACUCCUCCUUACUCCUUAGUCUGACACCUCACUCACUUUCUCUCUUUCUCUCUCACACACCACACACACUCACUCACUCACUCACUCUUCCUCUACAAUUACAAGAAUUUUGUUUGUGGGUUUUUUGUUUUCGUGCCAUUUGAGCCAUUGGAUCAGAGGGAUUAUGUUGGCUUAUUAGUCAGAGAAGGGGAAUUUUAGUAGCAUAAGUGGGUGGAGUUAGGAGCUUGGGAGACGGAGAGAUGUCAAGUGACAGAAACACCCACUGGUGUUAUACUUGUAGGCAGCCUGUUGAAAUUCGAAGACAAAAUGCAGUUUGCUCGAAUUGUUUUGGAGGCUUUAUUCAAGAGCUUGAUGAGAUUCUGACUAUGAACUUGGAAGAUCAAAAUCACAGGCCAAGAUUUAUCGAAGCUGUAUCAAAUUUUUUGAGGCAGCAAACAUCAGUUAGAGGCAAUAAUAGAGGGCGAACAGAUUGGGGAACUGACCAUGGUAGUAUUUGGAAUCCAUUGCUGAUUUUUAGUGGCGACAUGCCCGUUAGGUUGCCAGGCAAUGGUGGACUUGUAGAGUUCCUUAAUGAUGCUUUGGGGUUCAGGCAAGAAAAUGGUGGUGAUUAUUUCGUUGGCCCAGGAGUGGAAGAGUUCUUUGAGCACCUUACAAGCAGUGAUCAACGUGUGCCUCCUCCAGCUUCAAGAUCCUGCAUAGAUGCCCUUCCUACCGUCAAGAUUUCCAAGAAGGAUGUUCGCUCUGAUUCUCAUUGUCCCGUUUGCAAAGAGAAAUUUGAGUUAGGCUCUCAUGCUAGAAAGUUACCUUGCAAACAUUUGUAUCACUCAGAUUGCAUUGUCCCAUGGCUAGAACAACGCAGUUCAUGCCCUGUUUGUCGGCAAGAGCUAACAUCAGAGCAGAGAAAUCAGAACUCUAGAGGACAAAACCGAAGCAGCAGUAGGAGGUUUAGUGGAAGGGAAGGCAGAAGUGAGAAUCCAGAAAGACGUAGGCCAUGGUCCUUCUUGUGGCCUUUUGGCUCAUCUCACUCACAGCGUCGACGUAAUGGGACAGCUGAAACGAGCUCCGUGGCAGUACCCAAUCAUCAGGAUUAUCACUAUACAGAGUAUUCUAAUUGGCCUUUUGAAUAAUAAGCUCCGUUAGUUGAGUUUCUGUUUAGUUUUUUCAGAUAUUCUUUUUCACCAUAAUGUUCAUUCACUUGUCGAACAAAGCUGAUUUCCUUGUAACAAAGGGAGUGCUUAACAAUUGAGUGAUGUGUUCAAAUUUGUGCUAUAAAGAUUAUUGAGUUCUUUACAACUGCUCUUCAA